AUGGUUGAGUUGGGCGAUGCUGGUGUACGUGUCAUGCUUGUGAACUGGCGCCACCUCGAUGAAGAUGUUUACAAUCACAUUAUCGAGCAGAGACCGGACUUGGAGGAUAUACUAAGUCGUCAGAGAAGAAGACUACUUCGGCUAAAAGAGAUGCCUUACUCACAAAGUAGUCAGGACAAGACGACUGACGAUGAUCCUGAGGUGCUAUUAGUCGAAAACGACGACGAUGACAUAACGAAGCCUUUAAGCGACUUCAAGGACGGGCGAACUACUCAAUCAGCAAGAGUACCGCCAUUCUUGGAAGAAAAGCAUACAGGGUCAGUGGGUAGCCUUAGAGCAGUUAAGUCCAACGAAUCACGGAUGCUUCCUUUCUUAGGAAGUCGACGUUGGUGGAUUUUCGGAGGAGGAGGUUCUGCGUGGGACGAGGCCUGGAAGAUGUCAAAUUGCUACUAUUGUUCCAUUGAUGAAGACAUUCCAAGGUCCCCAGUGUGUCAUAGAAUGUUCAAUUCAAACGAAUGGAAAUACAGGACAGUGGCACGAUAUUAUCGAACUGUAUGUUAUUACAACUGGAAUCAUCGUAACUCAGGAGCUUACUGGCCGUCGGUCGAAGGUGGGUUGGUUAAACACAGAAUGGCCAGACUGCAGGUGCCGCUGGUGGACGCCAUAAAUACAACUUGCAUAACUAGUCCUCAUGCAUCGCUGACUCCGUUCCACCGAGGUAUCUCACUGUGGGCUCGCUACCACGUCUGCGUGUGCAAAGCACCUUAUUGGGAUACAUCCUUACCCCGAGUCUCCUUCCACUCCUACUCUUGCGAAUCUCCACUCAAGCCAGCCAAUUAA